AUGGACGACCUACGGGUCCUGUGGAUGCGCGACCGCAUAUACACGGCCUUCGAUAUCACCGACCCUAUGCCGUUCGAGGAGCUGCUGAGCCGUGAUGACAGCGAGGCAGAGGACCUCAUCCUGCACUUCCUCAACCACUCAAGCGACGAGGACAACGCCUCCGCGGUGUUCUUCUACCGCACCAUGGUGCCUGAGGAGGUGGAGGUGGAGGAGAUAGAAGACAUCCCGACAAGCUUUGAAGAGGAGGGAGAGGAAGAGGAGAGUGAAUAUCAAAAAGUAGAGGUCACCGAUAAAACGGCAGUCAAGGUCUCAAAGCCGAAAAACGACUCCUUGACUCCCCCCCUGUUUGAAAUGGAAGAUGAGGAACCAGACAUAGAGUCCUACAGCAAACCAUACAACAAGAGACUUGUAAAACGCAUCAUCAACAGACUGGAAUUGCAUGCGAGCCUCACCCCACUUUCCGAGGAGUUUCUGGAACAGAAUGUGGUUUUCUUCCUCAGAAGCUCAAAAGAUGCGAUUCCAGAAGCCAGUGAUAUGAAGGAAGCGAUGGAAAUCAUGCCAGAGACCUUGGAGUAUGGCAUCAUAAACUCUCAAGUGCUCCAGUUCCUAAAGGAUAUCAUCUGCCAGGUUUUCAUGCCCGCGCUGUCCUUCAACCAACACAAAUCAGAGUCAGGACAGGUAGCAUCGCCUCCGGAAGUGCAGGAGUUCACUUCUUAUGAUAUAACAGACUUGCCUAGCAUGCUGGGGGAGUCGAUGGAGUACCACAGCAUCCAACUGAUACGUGACGAGUUCUUAAUGAACCUUCAGAAAUUUGCCAACAACAUUCAAAGGACCAUGCAACAGCUAGAAGGUGAGAUCAAGCUGGAGAUGCCCAGCAUCAGUGUGGAGGGAGAAGUGUCCGAGCUGGUGGCCAACCCGGAAUUGGUGGAGACUUUGGAGCAGUGUGUGAUCAACUGGCUGGGGCAGAUCUCAUAUGCUGUGGACUCUCAGCUGAAGAAGAAGCCCCAGGGCAAUGGUCCUCUGGCUGAAAUCGAGUUCUGGCGAGAAAGAAACGCAACGUUGAGCGCCCUCUAUGAGCAGACGAAGCUGCCAUUCGUAAGGAAAGUCCUGGAGGUGAUCAAAGAGGCGGAGUCCAUGCUCACAGCCAACGUGCAGCCUGUCCUGACAGAGCUGUUCAAACUCCACAUGGAGGCCUCGGACAACGUGCGCUUCCUAUCCACCGUGGAGCGUCACUUCAAGAACAUCACCCACGGCUCCAACUUCCACGUGGUCCUGGACACCAUUCCAUCCAUGAUGAGUGCCCUGCGCAUGGUCUGGAUCAUAUCUAGACACUACAACAGAGACGAGAGGAUGAUCCCGCUCAUGGAGCGAAUUGCCUGGGAGAUUGCUGAGCGCGUGUGCCGAGUCAUCAACCUACGCACUCUGUUCAAGGAAAACAGAGCUAACGCCCAGUUCAAAACCCAGGAGGCCAAAAACACACUCAAGCUAUGGAAGAAAUCCUACUUCGAUAUCCGGGCCAAGAUUGAGGCUUCCGGUCGGGAGGCACGAUGGGAAUUUGACCGGAAGCGGCUGUUUGAGAGAACAGACUAUAUGGCCAACAUCUGCCAGGACCUCUCAGAUAUUCUACGGGUCUUGGAAGAAUUUUACAACAUAUUUGGCCCAGAGCUCAAGGCUGUGACAGGGGACCCCAAGAGAAUCGACGAUGUCCUUUGCAGGGUAGACAGCUUGGUCGCCCCUAUGGAGACUCUGAACUUUGACCCCUUCAGCAUCAGGUCCGCCCCAUACUGGAAAUACGUGAUGGAAGACUUCAAGCUUGAAGUUCUGGUCAUUGAGAAAGAAGCAAAACAUUUCAUUGACGAAUCUUUCAAGACGCUUCGCUCGGCGGAAGCGGCCUUCGACAUGCUGCUAAAAUUCAAACAUAUCCGAUCCCGGGAAGCCAUCAACCGGCAGAUGAUGAUGAAGUUUAACGACAUCCUGGCACAGUACUACAAGGAGAUUGAUAUCGUUAAUAAGAUCUUUGAGCAGAACCUGGACAACCCUCCGCUCUACAAGAACCACCCUCCCGUGGCAGGCGCCAUAUGCUGGGAGCGGUCCCUCUUCUACAGGAUCAAGCACACCAUCCUUCGGUUCAUGGAGGUCGAGGAACUCCUGGACAGUGAGAGGGGCCAGGAGGUGAAGCAGAGGUACCUGGAGGUGGGGAGGAAGAUGAAGGAGUAUGAAGAUGUGAAGUACGAACAUUGGAAAGAGACCACAGAGCAGAGCCUCCCGAACCUCAUGAAGAAGAGCCUACUCACCAAGAAUACCAUCACAUCUGAGGACUCGGCUGUCGUAGACAGGGGAACCAUGUUUGUCAUCAACUUCUCUCCCAUUCUCAGAGAGAUUAUUAACGAAACCAAGUACUUAGAGCAGCUGGGAUUCACUGUCCCUGAACUGGCGAGGAAUGUGGCCCUCCAAGAAGACAAGUUCCUCAGGUACACAGAGGGAAUCCAGCGCAUGCUGGACCACUACCACCUGCUGGUCAACACGCUGAACGAGGCAGAGAGCGUGCUUCUAGAUGACCACUCCCAGGAGCUGCUCCGGGUGUUCCGGUCUGGGUACAAGAGGCUGAACUGGAACUCACUAGGAAUUGCCGACUACAUUACUCGCUGCAAACAGGCCAUCAGCAAGUUUGAGUCUCUUGUCCACCAGAUCCACAAAAACGCCGAGGACAUCAACUCCAGGCUAACGCUGAUCGAGUCCAUCAACCUCUUUAGGUCCCCAGUCACCAAAACGGAGGACAAGCUCCCAGGUGUAAAAGAGUUCUUCGAGUACAUUGAACGAGAAAGGAGCCGGGAUGUGGAUCACAUGGUCCGGUGGUACAUGGCUAUCGGGCCUCUGCUGACCAAGGUGGAAGGCCUGGUCGUACACACCAACACAGGCAGGGCCCCCAAGCUGGCCUCCUACUAUGAGUACUGGGAAGGCAAGAUCUAUGACGUCUUGGUGAAGCUCAUCCUCAAGAAUCUACAGGCCUUCAACUCUCUGAUCCUCAGAAAUGUCCCUCUGUUCCAAGCGGAAACCAUUUUGUCGGCUCCAGAAAUCAUCCUCCACCCAAAUGCCAACGAGAUCGAUAAGAUGUGUGUUCACUGCAUCCGUGGCUGUGUGGAAGUCACCAAGUAUUUCGUGCGCUGGAUGAACGGCAGCUGCAUCGAAUGUCCCCCACAGAAGGGGGAGGAGGAAGAAAUUGUCAUCCUAAGCUUCUACAACGACAUCUCUCAGAACACCCAGAUCAUGGAUCAAGCCGUUAUGAUCCCCCAAAACAUCCACAGGCUCCUGGUGAACAUAAUGAAGUACCUUCAGAGGUGGAAGCGGUACCGGCCCCUCUGGAAGCUGGACAAGUCCAUCGUGAUGGAGAAGUUUGCAGCCAAGAAACCACCCUGCGUGGCCUACGAUGAGAAGCUGCAAUUCUACGCCAAGAUCGCCGCCGACGUGAUGCGCCACCCACUGGUCAAGGACGAGCACUGCAUCCGGCUGCAGCUUGAGCCACUGGCCAACACCGUGCAAGAAAACGCAAAGUCCUGGGUGACUUCGCUGGGGAAGCUCCUCAACGAGUCAGCUAGGGAGGAACUUUAUAGCCUCCGGGAUGAGAUUGAGCAUCUGGCCAAGAAUCUGAAGAAGAGCCCCAGCACCCUUGAUGACCUCAAGUUUGUCCUUGCGACAAUUGCAGAGAUCAGGACCAAAUCUUUAAUCAUGGAGCUGAGGUACAAGGACGUCCAGGAACGGUACCGCACCAUGGCGAUAUACGGUAUCUUUCCUCCAGAAGCCGAGCAAGAACUGGUUGACAACAUCGAGAACAUGUGGGAAACUCUCUUCACUGACUCUGUGAACGUAGAGCACGCACUUGGAGGCAUCAAGCGAACUUUCACAGAGAUCACCCGGAGUGAGAUAAUAAACUACAGAAGCCAGGUGGAUGAGUUCGCAAAGCGCUUCUACAGUGAGGGCCCUGGAGCUGUGGGCGAAGACCUUGAUAAAGGCUCCGAACUCCUAGGCAGUUUUGAAAAGGAGCUGGCCAGGCACGAGAAGAACCGUCAGGAACUGGCCAAUGCAGAGAAGCUUUUCGACCUACCCAUCACCAUGUAUCCUGAACUCAUGAAAGUGCAGAAGGAAAUGGCUGGGCUCCGGAUGAUCUAUGAUCUGUAUGACUCGCUGAAGAUUGCCAAAGAGGAAUGGUCCCAGACCCUCUGGAUCAACCUGAAUGUCCAGUAUCUGCAGGAAGGCAUCGAGGGCUUCCUCAAAAACCUCCGAAAGCUGCCUCGGCACGUGCGCAGCUUGUCCGUGGCCUUCCAUUUGGAAACGAAGAUGAAGGCCUUCAAAGACUCCAUCCCCCUGCUUCUGGACCUGAAGCAUGAGGCUCUGAGAGAGAGACACUGGAAAGAACUCAUGGAGAAAACAGGCGUGUUCUUUGAGAUGACAGAGACCUUCACGCUGGACAACAUGUUCGCCAUGGAACUUCACAAACACACGGAAGUGCUCAACGAGAUUGUCACUGCAGCCGUCAAGGAGGUCGCUAUCGAGAAGGCCGUGAAGGAGAUCCUAGAUACCUGGGAGAACAUGAAGUUCACCGUGAUCAAGUACUACAAAGGCACGCAGGAGCGAGGCUACAUCUUAGGGUCCGUGGAUGACAUUAUCCAGUGCCUGGACGACAACACCGUCAACUUGCAGAGCAUCUCGGGGAGCAGAUUCGUGGGGCCUUUUCUGCAAACCGUCCACAAGUGGGAGAAGACACUGUCUCUGAUAGGCGAGGUCAUUGAGAUCUGGAUGCUGGUUCAGAGGAAGUGGAUGUACCUGGAGAGCAUCUUCAUUGGUGGGGACAUAAGGUCCCAGCUGCCAGAGGAGGCCAAGAAGUUUGACAUCAUCGACAGGAUAUUUAAGAGGAUCAUGGGGGAUACACUGAAAGACCCAGUGAUAAAGCGAUGCUGUGAGGCCCCAAACCGCCUCCACGACCUGCAGAAUGUCAGUGACGGCCUAGAGAAGUGCCAGAAGAGCUUGAACGACUACCUGGACUCCAAGAGGAAUGCCUUCCCCAGAUUCUUCUUCAUCUCAGAUGACGAGCUGCUCAGUAUCUUGGGCAACAGCGACCCACUGUGUGUGCAAGAGCAUAUGAUCAAGAUGUAUGACAACAUAGCCAUGUUACGCCAUGAUGGAGAGAGCGGGGAGAAGCUCGUGUCGGCUAUGAUCUCUGCAGAGGGAGAAGUCAUGGUCUUCCAAAGAUCUCCGGCCGAGGGUCGCGUGGAAGACUGGAUGACCACCGUGCUGAAAAUGAGGAGGACCAACAGGCUCAUCAAAGAAGCCAUCUUCAGAUACUGUGAAGACAGAAGCAGGGUGGACUGGAUGAUGAUGUACCAAGGCAUGGUGGUGCUGGCCGCCAGCCAGGUGUGGUGGACUUGGGAGGUGGAGGACGUCUUCAACAAGGUCAAGCAAGGGGACAAACAGGCCAUGAAGAACUACGGCAAGAAGAUGCACAGGCAGAUUGACGAUCUGGUCACACGGAUCACCAUGCAGCUGAGCAAAAAUGACAGGAAGAAAUACAACACCGUCCUGAUCAUCGAUGUACACGCCCGGGACAUCGUGGACUCCUUCAUCCGGGGCAGCAUCCUCGAGGCCCGGGAGUUUGAGUGGGAGAGCCAACUGCGCUUUUACUGGGACCGAGAGCCGGACGAGCUGAACAUCCGACAGUGCACGGGGAUCUUCGGCUAUGGCUACGAGUACAUGGGCCUGAACGGGAGGCUGGUCAUCACGCCCCUUACGGACCGCAUCUACCUGACGCUCACGCAGGCGCUGUCCAUGUAUCUGGGAGGUGCCCCUGCUGGCCCGGCAGGAACCGGCAAGACAGAGACCACCAAGGACCUCGCUAAAGCCCUGGGCCUCCUGUGCGUUGUCACCAACUGUGGUGAAGGCAUGGAUUACAAAGCUGUCGGGAAGAUCUUCUCUGGCCUCGCCCAGUGUGGCGCGUGGGGCUGCUUCGAUGAGUUCAACCGGAUCGAUGCUUCUGUGCUAUCUGUCAUCUCAUCUCAGAUCCAGACGAUUCGAAAUGCGCUGAUCCACCAGCUGACCACAUUCCAGUUCGAAGGGCAGGAGAUCUCCCUUGACCCUCGGAUGGGCAUCUUCAUCACCAUGAACCCUGGCUAUGCGGGCCGCACAGAGCUGCCCGAGUCUGUGAAGGCGCUGUUCAGGCCCGUGGUUGUCAUUGUUCCUGACCUGCAGCAGAUCUGUGAGAUCAUGCUCUUCUCUGAGGGCUUCCUGGGGGCCAAGACGCUGGCCAAGAAGAUGACCGUCCUCUACAAGCUGGCCCGGGAGCAGCUGUCGAAGCAGCACCAUUAUGACUUUGGGCUCCGGGCCCUGAAGUCAGUGCUAGUCAUGGCGGGUGAGCUGAAGAGAGGCUCAGCGGACCUGCAGGAGGAUGUGGUCUUGAUGCGGGCACUGCGUGACAUGAACCUGCCCAAGUUUGUGUUUGAGGACGUCCCCCUCUUCCUGGGCCUCAUCUCUGAUCUGUUUCCCGGGCUGGACUGCCCCCGUGUGCGCUACCCAGAUUUCAACGAUGCCGUAGAAGAUGUGUUGGAGGAGAACGGUUAUGUGCUGCUGCCUGUCCAGGUAGACAAAGUGGUCCAAAUGUUCGAGACCAUGCUGACCCGCCACACCACAAUGGUGGUAGGGCCCACAGGAGGGGGCAAGUCCGUGGUCAUCAAUACUCUAUGUCAGGCCCAGACCAAGCUUGGGAUCUUGACAAAACUGUACAUCCUGAACCCCAAAGCCGUGAGUGUCAUUGAGCUGUAUGGCAUCCUGGACCCCAACACUCGAGACUGGACAGAUGGGGUGCUGUCCAACAUCUUCCGGGAGAUCAACAAGCCGACUGACAAGAAGGAACGGAAGUAUAUCUUGUUUGAUGGCGACGUGGAUGCCUUGUGGGUGGAAAACAUGAACUCGGUGAUGGACGACAACAAGCUGUUGACCUUGGCCAACGGGGAGCGCAUUCGUCUCCAGUCCCACUGUGCUCUGCUGUUUGAGGUUGGAGACUUGCAAUACGCAUCCCCGGCCACUGUAUCUCGAUGUGGGAUGGUCUAUGUGGACCCUAAGAACUUGAAAUACCAGCCAUACUGGAAAAAAUGGCUACAACAAAUACAAAACAAGGUGGAGCAAAAAUAUUUAAAUGAACUCUUCGAGAAGUAUGUGCCGACACUCAUCGACAUGAUCAUCGAAGGGUUUGUAGAUGGGAGGCAAGGGGAGAAGCUGAAGAUGGUGGUCCCUCAGACAGACCUAAAUAUGGUGACCCAGUUAACCAAGAUGAUGGACUCGCUACUAGAAGGAGAAAUUGAGGACCCUGACCUGCUAGAGUGCUUCUUCCUGGAGGCUCUCUACUGUUCGCUGGGCUCCUCCCUCCUUGACGAAGGAAGGAUCAGGUUUGACGAGUGUAUUAAAAACCUCUCCUCAAUGCCAACUGCGGAGACUGAAGGAAACUGGGCCCGUCCUGGAGAAUUGCCAGGGCAUCUUCCCACCCUGUAUGAGUUUCAUUUUGAUACCAAGCGCAACUAUUGGAUCCCGUGGAACAAGCUAGUUCCCGAGUACGUUCACAACCACCAGAAGAGAUUCGUCGACAUCCUGGUUCACACCGUGGAUACCACCCGCACCACCUGGAUACUAGAACAGAUGGUUAAAAUCAAGCACCCCGUUCUUUUUGUGGGCGAAUCCGGCACGUCCAAGACAGCCACUACCCAGAACUUCCUCAAAAAUCUGAACGAGGAGACCAAUAUUGUACUGAUGGUCAAUUUCUCCUCUCGGACCACAUCCCUGGACAUCCAGAGAAAUCUAGAAGCCAACGUGGAGAAGCGGACGAAGGACACGUAUGGGCCGCCCAUGGGGAAGCGCCUGCUGGUGUUCAUGGAUGACAUGAACAUGCCAAAGGUGGAUGAGUAUGGAACCCAGCAGCCCAUCGCUCUGCUGAAGCUGCUGCUGGAAAAGGGCUACUUAUAUGACCGUGGAAAAGAACUCAAUUGUAAGAGUAUCCGUGAUCUGGGCUUCAUCGCUGCCAUGGGCAAGGCAGGAGGGGGCCGCAACGAGGUGGACCCCAGGUUCCUGUCAUUGUUCAGCGUCUUCAAUGUCCCUUUCCCGUCGGAGGAGUCCCUGCACUUGAUCUACUACUCCAUUCUGAAGGGCCACACCUCGACAUUUGCAGAGAGCAUUAGUGGCGUGAGCAGGAAGCUGACAUUCUGCACGUUAACGCUUUACAAAAACAUCGUUCAGGAUCUACCUCCCACCCCUUCGAAGUUCAAUUACAUCUUCAACCUUCGAGACCUUUCCAGGGUUUUUAAUGGCCUUGUCCUUACUAAUCCAGAUCGGUUCCAGACAGUGUCCCAAAUGGUAAGGGUGUGGAGAAAUGAGUGCUUGCGCGUUUUCCAUGACCGGCUCAUCAACGAAGUCGACAAGCAGCUGGUGCAAGACUACAUAGGGGACCUGGUGAAGGAGCAUUUUAACGAUGACUACGAGAUGGUGAUGAGGGAUCCCAUCCUCUUCGGGGACUUCCGGACGGCUCUGCAAGAGGAGGAGCCACGUAUUUAUGAAGACAUCCAGGACUACGAGGCCGCCAAGGCACUGUUUGAGGAAAUCCUCGAGGAGUACAACGAAGUCAACACCAAGAUGAACCUGGUGCUGUUUGACGACGCGCUGGAACACCUGACGCGCGUGCACCGCAUCAUUCGAAUGGACCGAGGCCACGCCUUGCUGGUGGGUGUGGGUGGCUCCGGGAAGCAGUCGCUGGCGAGACUGGCGGCCUUCACCGCAGGCUACGAGGUGUUUGAGAUCCUGCUGAGCCGAGGCUACUCCGAGAACAACUUCCGGGAUGACCUGAAGAACCUAUACAUGAAGCUGGGGCUGGAGAACAAGUUGAUGAUCUUCCUGUUCACAGACGCGCACGUGGCUGAGGAGGGUUUCCUGGAACUCAUCAACAACAUGCUGACCUCAGGAAUGGUCCCUGCACUCUUCACUGAAGAGGAAAAGGACAACAUCCUCGGUCAGAUUGGGCAGGAGGCCUUGAAGCACGGCAUGGGUCCAGCCAAGGAGUCCGUGUGGCAGUUUUUCGUGAAUAAAAGCGCCAACAACUUGCACAUUGUCCUGGGCAUGUCGCCAGUGGGAGACACCUUGAGGACCCGGUGUAGGAAUUUCCCAGGCCUAGUGAACAACACCGGCAUUGACUGGUUCAUGCCCUGGCCACCGCAGGCCUUGCACGCUGUUGCCAAGUCCUUUUUGGGGAAUAACUCCAUGAUUCCCAAUGAGAAACUGGAAGACCUCGUGGAGCACGUGGUUUUGGUCCACCAGUCCGUGGGUGAGUUCAGCAAGCAGUUCCAGCAGAAGCUGAGGCGCAGCAACUAUGUGACCCCUAAGAACUACCUGGACUUCAUCAACACCUACUCCAAGCUGCUCGAUGAGAAAACCCAGUACAACAUUGCACAGUGCAAGCGUCUGGAGGGUGGGCUGGACAAGCUAAAGGAGGCCUCCAUCCAGCUGGACGAGCUGAACCAGAAGUUGGCAGAGCAGAAGAUUGUCCUGGCCGAGAAGUCGGCUGCCUGUGAGACCCUGCUGGAGGAAAUUGCCACCAACACAGCCAUAGCUGAGGAGAAGAAGAAGCUGGCAGAGGAGAAGGCCAUAGAGAUCGAAGAGCAGAACAAGAUCAUCGCUGUAGAGAAGGCCGAGGCCGAGACGGCGCUAGCUGAGGUCAUGCCCAUCCUGGAGGCCGCCAAACUGGAGCUGCAGAAACUGGACAAGUCAGACGUGACUGAAAUCAGGUCAUUCGCGAAGCCUCCAAAGCAAGUGCAGACGGUCUGCGAGUGCAUUCUCAUCAUCAAAGGCUACAAGGAGCUCAACUGGAAAACCGCCAAGGGCAUGAUGUCCGACCCCAACUUCCUGCGGUCCCUGAUGGAGCUCGACUUUGACUCUAUCCCCCAGAGUCAAGUAAAGAACAUCAAAGGCCUCCUGAGGACUCUUAACACCACAAUUGAAGAGAUGGAAGCCGUGAGCAAGGCAGGGCUGGGGAUGCUGAAGUUCGUGGAGGCCGUCAUGGGCUACUGCGAUGUGUUUCGGGAGAUCAAGCCCAAAAGAGACAAGGUGGCCAGGCUGGAGCGGAAUUUCUUUCUAACCAAACGGGAGCUAGAGAAGAUCCAGAACGAGCUGGCGGCAAUCCAAAAGGAACUGGAGGCUUUGGGAGCCAAGUAUGAGGCCGCCAUCUUGGAGAAACAGAAGCUGCAGGAGGAGGCAGAGAUCAUGGAGAGGCGGCUGAUCGCAGCGGACAAACUCAUUUCCGGUCUGGGCUCAGAAAAUGUCAGGUGGCUGAAUGACCUGGAUGAGCUAAUGCACCGGCGGGUGAAGCUGCUAGGUGAUUGCUUGCUCUGUGCAGCCUUCUUGAGCUAUGAGGGCGCCUUCACCUGGGAGUUUCGUGAUGCGAUGGUCAACCAGGAGUGGAGGAACGACAUCUUGGAACGAGACAUUCCCCUGAGUCAGCCUUUCCGACUGGAGAACCUCCUCACAGAUGAUGUUGAGAUCAGCAGGUGGGGCUCCCAGGGCCUUCCCCCUGAUGAGCUCUCCGUUCAGAACGGCAUCCUUACAACCCGGGCCAGUCGCUUCCCGCUCUGCAUCGACCCCCAGCAGCAGGCCCUCAACUGGAUCAAAAGAAAGGAGGAGAGGAACAAUCUACGGGUUGCUUCCUUCAAUGACCCCGACUUCCUCAAGCAGCUAGAGAUGUCCAUAAAGUAUGGGACGCCCUUCCUAUUCCAUGACGUGGACGAGUACAUCGACCCUGUGAUUGACAAUGUUCUGGAGAAGAACAUCAAGAUUUCCCAAGGCCGCCAGUUCAUCAUCCUGGGGGACAAGGAAGUUGACUAUGACUCCAACUUCCGGCUCUAUCUCAACACAAAGCUGGCCAACCCUAGAUACUCCCCAUCGGUGUUUGGGAAGGCCAUGGUCAUCAACUAUACUGUCACUCUGAAGGGUCUGGAGGACCAGCUGCUGAGUGUGCUGGUGGCCUAUGAGAGGCGUGAGCUGGAGGAGCAGAGAGAGCACCUCAUCCAAGAGACCAGCGAGAACAAGAACCUGCUCAAGGACCUGGAGGACUCACUCCUGCGGGAGCUGGCUACGUCCACAGGGAACAUGCUGGACAAUGUGGAGCUGGUGCAGACCCUGGAAGAGACCAAGUCCAAAGCCACAGAGGUUUCAGAGAAGCUGAAGCUGGCAGAAAAGACAGCCCUGGACAUUGAUCGGCUGCGGGAUGGCUACCGGCCGGCCGCGAGACGGGGCGCCAUCCUGUUCUUCGUGCUGUCCGAGAUGGCGCUGGUCAACUCCAUGUACCAGUAUUCCCUCAUCGCCUUCCUGGAGGUCUUUGGGCUGUCACUGAAGAAGUCACUACCUGACUCCAUCCUUUUGAAGCGGCUGAAAAACAUCAUGGACACGCUGACCUUCAACAUCUACAACUAUGGCUGCACCGGGCUGUUUGAGAAGCACAAGCUACUCUUCUCCUUCAACAUGACCAUCAAGAUAGAGCAGGCAGAGGGCAGGGUCCCCCAGGACGAGCUAGACUUCUUUCUUAAAGGGAACAUUUCUCUGGAGAAGAGCAAAUGGAAGAAGCCGUGCACCUGGCUGUCAGACCAGGGCUGGGAAGAUGUCAUUCUCCUGUCAGAGAAGUUCUCAGACAACUUCGGGAAUCUUCCCUCUGAUAUCGAGCAAAAUCUCCCUACCUGGCAGGAGUGGUACGACAAGGACUCACUAGAGCAGUUCCCGUUCCCCCUGCGCUAUGAUGACCACAUCACUGCUUUCCAGAAACUGCUUAUUUUACGAUGCUUCCGAGUGGACCGGGUGUACCGGGCUGUGACUGACUAUGUGACCCUCACCAUGGGAGAAAAGUAUGUGCAGCCCCCGAUGAUCAGCUUCGAGGCCAUUUUCGAGCAGAGCACCCCCAAUUCGCCCAUUGUGUUCAUCCUGAGUCCCGGCUCUGACCCUGCCAGUGACCUCAUGAAGCUGGCUGAGCGGAGUGGCUUUGGGGGCACUCGCCUCAAGUUCCUUGCAAUGGGUCAAGGCCAAGAAAAGGUGGCGCUGCAGCUGCUGGAGACCGCAGUGGCUCGUGGACAGUGGCUGAUGUUACAGAACUGCCACCUCCUGGUCAAGUGGCUGAAGGACCUGGAGAAGUCCCUGGAGAGGAUCACCAAGCCGCACCCUGACUUCCGCCUGUGGCUCACCACAGACCCCACCAAGGGCUUCCCCAUUGGAAUCCUGCAGAAGUCCUUAAAGGUGGUCACGGAGCCGCCGAACGGGCUCAAACUGAACAUGAGGGCGACCUAUUUCAAGAUCACCCACGAUAUGCUGGAGCAGUGUCCCCACACCGCCUUCAAGCCCCUGGUCUACGUGCUGGCCUUCUUCCACGCCGUGGUACAGGAAAGGAGGAAGUUUGGCAAGAUCGGCUGGAAUGUGUACUACGAUUUCAAUGAGUCUGACUUCCAGGUCUGUAUGGAAAUCCUAAACACAUAUUUAACAAAAGCCUUCCAGCAGCACGACCCUCGCAUUCCGUGGGGCAGCCUCAAGUACCUUAUUGGAGAGGUCAUGUACGGAGGCCGAGCCAUCGACAGCUUCGACAGGCGCAUCCUCACCACCUACAUGGAUGAGUACCUGGGAGACUUCAUUUUCGAUACUUUUCAACCGUUCCACUUCUUCCGGAACAAGGACGUGGACUAUAAAAUCCCCGUGGGUGACGUGAAGGAUAAAUUCGUUGAAGCCAUUGAGGCCCUUCCACUCGCCAACACGCCAGAAGUGUUUGGCCUCCAUUCCAAUGCCGAGAUUGGCUACUACACACAGGCAGCUCGCGACAUGUGGGGCCAUCUGCUGGAGCUGCAGCCGCAGACCGGGGAGUCCAGCAGCGGCGUCAGCCGUGAUGACUACAUUGGCCAGGUGGCCAAGGACAUUGAGAACAAGUUGCCCAAGAUCUUCGACCUAGACCAAGUUCGGAAGCAUCUGGGCCUGAACAUCACACCCACCUCGGUGGUCCUGCUGCAGGAGCUGGGGCGCUUCAACAAGCUUGUCAUUCGUAUGACUAGGUCUCUCGCUGAGCUCCAGAGGGCCUUGGCUGGGGAAGUUGGAAUGAGCAAUGAGCUGGAUGACGUAGCCAGGUCUCUCUUCCUCGGGCACAUCCCUCACAUCUGGAGGAAGCUCGCCCCUGACACCCUGAAGACCCUCGGAAACUGGAUGGUCUACUUCCUGCGGCGGUUCAACCAGUACACCCUGUGGGUCACGGAGAGCGAGCCCAGUGUGAUGUGGCUCUCAGGGCUGCACAUCCCAGAGUCCUAUCUCACAGCCCUAGUGCAGGCCACAUGCCGGAGGAAUGGCUGGCCACUGGACCGGUCCACCUUGUUCACACAAGUGACCAAGUUCCAGGAUGCCGAUGAAGUAAAUGAGCGUGCGGGGCAAGGGUGCUUUGUCUCUGGGCUCUACCUGGAAGGUGCUGACUGGGACAUAGAGAGAGGGUGUCUUGUCAAGAGCAAGCCCAAGGUGCUGGUUGUGGACUUGCCCAUCCUGAAGAUCAUCCCCAUUGAAGGUCAUCGCCUGAAGUUACAGAACACCUUCCGGACCCCUGUCUACACCACCUCCAUGAGGAGAAAUGCCAUGGGAGUCGGCUUAGUGUUCGAAGCUGACCUCUUUACUGCGAAACACAUCUCACACUGGGUGCUACAGGGGGUGUGCCUCACCCUGAACUCAGAUUAACCCCAGCACGUGGAAGACUUAGAUGGAGCUAGAAUAUGCCUGGGGCAGGUCACAGAGGUACUGCGGCUUCCU